CUGUUGGCUUUACCCUAUAAAUAUCACCUUUGCCUAAUAUUGCUAUGGUACGUAGUAUUAUUAGCUAAUUAAGAGAAGAAGAUAAGAGAGAGAAAGAGAGAAGAGAGAGAAAGCCAUCAGUUCAUAUUGAAGGUGCAUCCAUGGAGGAAGACAAGAAGAAAGCUGCAGAUUCAAGUGGUGAUGAUGAAGGUUAUUGCACUCAUGAGAUAGGAGAUGGAAAUAAAGAGAACGAGCGUGACACUUUGAAGGCAUCUUCAUCACCCAACCACAAAACUCUCAGUUCAGACAAAGAGGAAAACAAGCUACUUGAGUCAGCGAAGGCUGAAAUGGGGGAAGUGAUGGAAGAGAAUCAAAGGCUGAAGAUGUAUUUGGAGCGUAUCAUGAAGGAUUAUCGGACGCUUCAGAUGCAAUUCCAAGGCAUGGUUGAAAAGGAAGGAGAAAAAGCAGCAAAGAGCGAUGAUAAUACUCCCCAAAUAACCGAAGAAUCAGAGCUAGUGUCCCUUAGCCUGGGAAGGGCUUCAGCUGAGAUGAAAAGAGAAGAGCAGAACAGACCAGUAAUAGUGUGUGCUGGGAAAGAUAAGGUGGAUAAUGAAGAUAAUGAUCAGAAAGAAGGCCUAACUCUUGGCUUGGACUGCAAAUUCAAAUCUUUGCAGCACAAUAAUCCAAGCACAGAUAACAGUUCAGAUGAAGUGAAGGAAGAAAAUGGGGAGACUUGGCCUCCAAGUAAGGCCUUGAAAACUACAAGAAGUGGAGAGGAUGAUAUUUCGCAACAAAACCCUGCUAAAAGAGCUAGGGUUUCUGUUAGGGUCCGAUGUGAUGCCCCAACGAUGAAUGAUGGGUGCCAAUGGAGGAAAUAUGGACAGAAGAUUGCGAAAGGGAAUCCGUGCCCUAGGGCAUACUAUCGCUGCACUGUGGCUCCAUCCUGCCCAGUAAGGAAACAGGUUCAAAGAUGUGCGGAUGACAUGUCAAUUUUGAUCACAACAUAUGAAGGAACACACAACCAUCCACUCCCACUUUCAGCCACCGCAAUGGCCUCCACCACUUCCGCCGCCGCAUCCAUGCUAAUGUCCGGUUCAUCAACCUCCGCCUCCACCUCAAUGCCGCCCGGAACUACCACCACAACCGCCACCUCCACCUCCACCUCCACCACCAAUCUCAAUGGACUAAAUUUCUACCUUUCCGAUACCUCAAAACCAAAACCCUUCUAUAUCCCAACCUCAUCAAUCACCCCAACACUUGGACACCCCACAAUAGUCCUUGAUUUAACCUCAACCGCUCCCUCUUCCUCAUCAAACCUAAGUAGAAUAGGAAGCUUAGCAAAUUUCCCUCCAAGAUUUUCUUCUACAAAUCUCAACUUUAGUUCUUUGGAAUCAAACCCUCUCCCCAUUUCUUGGAACCUAGGAACUACUCAACCUUAUAACAAACCCCACAUAAGCCAAUCUCUUACCUUUGGAAGACAACAACAACAACAAGACAAUCAAAUUCUUUUCCAAUCCUAUUUGUCCAAAAACAACCUUAACAAUAACAAUAACAAUCCUUCACAAUCUCUCCCACAAGAAACCAUUGCAGCUGCCACAAAGGCGAUCACUUCCGACCCAAACUUCCAAUCCGCAUUAGCAGCUGCCCUUUCAUCAGUCAUUGGUACUAAUAAUGGAAACAAUGGAGCAUCCUUAAACCUCGGAAUCCACGGAUUGGCGGAGAAAUUAAGCCAGAACUUGAAGGCGGCGGCCGAGCCUUUUCCGAUCCUUUCUAGCUUUUCUCCUUCUCCAAAUCCAAAUAAAUGCUCUUCAAGUUUGUUGAGUAGGCCGACAACGACAUCCUCGGCAAAUCCUCAUCCAGGGAAUUUGAUGUAUCAUCUCCAACAAACCUCAAAGAGUAAGUCUUCCUCUCCUGGUGAUAGCAGAGAUCAAAUAAUUUGAUCGAGUCAUGCAUAUAUAUAUUUUGAAAGGUAGAUUUUUAUUUUUUUUAAUUUUUUUUUUUCGAAUAAAAAGGUACUGGUUUUACUUUUGUAGAACGGUAACAUCAUUUGUCAAAUGUAAUAUUUUUUAAUGUUUAUUUUGAAGCACAACGUUCAAACUGUAAAUUAGAUAUAUAGUAUAGUUCAUGUAUAAAACCCAUUGACAUUUUGCGAGUUA